AUGAGGCUGUUCAGGGACAAAUCAUCGUCUGCCGAAUCCCAUCUUGCGCAUGUACAAGAGCAUUUCCUGUAUCAUCUUGGCAUCAGCAGCGCCACAACAGAUAUUCCCGCGACAUUUAAAGAUGUUAAGUUCGUGUGCAUCGGUGGCACCGCCAGUCGGAUGGAGGAGUUAGCGCAGCACCUGGCCGGCGAGCUGGGCCUGCUUCUCAACGGCCGCAGUGACGUCAUGAGGUGCAGCCCAAAGACUGAGAGGUACUCGCUUUUCAAGGUCGGCCCUGUCCUGUGCGCCAGUCAUGGGAUCGGCGUGGCCUCCGCGUCUGUGCUGUUGCACGAGCUCUUCAAGCUGAUUCACCUGGCGGGCUGCGUGGAUGUCACAUUGCUUCGAAUUGGCACAUGCGGCGGCGUGGGUGUGGAGGAGGGCACAGUGAUAAUUUCAGAUGGCGCUGUCAACGGUCAACUCAGACAUGUUUACACGUGGAAUGUCUUGGGUAAGCCCAUAGAGCGCCCCGUCGUGGCCGACCUCGACCUCGUCAGUGAACUUCAAGCCUGCGCCAAGGUCGGCGAUCAUUUCCCGACGAUCGUUGGCACGACCUUGUGCACUGAUGACUUUUACGAAGGUCAAGCGCGACUGGACGGGGCGCUGUGCUCGUUCACCGUGCAGGACAAAGUGACCUUUCUACUACGACUGCGAGAACUGGGGGUCAGGAACAUCGAGAUGGAAUCCGCGGGGGUGUUGGCCCUCUGCCAUGCGGUGGGCAUCCGAGCGGCAGUGGCGUGCGUGUGCCUGGUGGAUCGGCUGGUGUCGGAAGAGCCGAAGAAUAAGAGCGACUUGCUGGAGGAAUACCAGAGGCGUCCUCAGAUGCUGGCCGUUCGCUUCAUCAAGUCCAGACUUGCGGCCUUGUGAAUGACUGGCGGAUAGCUCCUCCUACACCCAGGCUCUCUCCGUACCCCAGAAGUAAGACCGUGUGUGACGAUUUUUCUGAUACAGGGCGUGCAUAUUUCAGACCUUACAAAUAAUAUCAUCAACAACACGGACAAGAGUUCAAUCGAUUUUGACCCUCGUUAGUAUUUAUUUACUUAUCUGUUUUAUCACUAAUCAAACUACGACAGGACAUGUUCUUAAGGGAUUUUUACACGAACCUCAACGAAUGUUGGACAAAAGAAGUUGAUUACAACCUUUCGACACCAAAAGCCCACACAACAGCUAAAACUUUUUUUCUUGGGGGUAACAUAGAUGUCUUUUACCUGAAGCUGUUCGGUGUGACAUCUCCCCCGAGAGGACAAAAGCAAGUGGAACCACUGUGUGUGGAUAAGCCAGUGACUUUUUUUUUUUAAUCAUUCGCAUGUCUUGACAAAAUUUGCGGUUUUGUCUUCUUUGUUCCUCAUCCCCUUUCUGCCAUCGUCUUAGAUAAUUUCAGCUCAACAUGAUGGAUUUUCCUUUAAAACGUUCGCUCGAUUUUGGAUAACGCGUACUCCAUUGUUGGCUUACUAUGUAGAUAUAAAUAUGUUUGUUAUUGACUAUGACUAUACUUAUUUAUCUCAUGUUGGAUUUUAAUUUUGAAAAUGUGAUUACCAAAAUGUACCUGGUGAACUUUUAAUGAUGAUUACUGCUUGUAGCCGAGUAAGUUCGUGUAAUGACGUCUGCGCUCCUCUGCAUGUUAAAACUGCAAUCAUCUUUAUGUGAAUGCAUAACAGUCUAUACUUAUAUAUAUAUAUCAGUGUAUGCUUGUAUUUCGUUUCGGAUAUGUUGAAAUCUCUCAUGUCUAUGAACAGCUACAUUUUCUAUUUAAAAAAAGGAAAACUGGAAAAAAUAGAUAAAGACAGAAAAUGGAGAUCAUAAGCUGCAAGACCACGUUGAGACCUGACAGGUGUUGUAUAUCACAGCCUCCAUCCAUUGACAGAAAGAGCAGUUAUUUAAGAUAAAUGUGUACUCAUUUGCUCACAUCUCUUUCUCUCUCUUGUACCUAUAAUUAUUACCUACAUGCACGUACUCAAAUUAUAUUGCUUCAUGCUGAGGAAAAGUAUAAAUUUAAUAUACCAAGAAAACGUGGACUGAACAAUUAAAGAACGCAGAAAGCUA